GACCUCAACCUCCCUGAAGAAGCAUCUCAAGCACCACUUCACUUCCCAUAAUGACAAUUGUACCACCAACACCAUAAACCAAAUUCAACCAUCCAUCGCAGCAAUGGCUCCCGCCGCUACAAACUCUCACAGCGAGACUGCUCGUGACAACGCAUCAGGCUUCAUUGCCUACGCGCGGAGCUCCGUGGAUCGUGUCGUUCCGCCUAAUUCUCGACAGAAAGCUUAUGACAAUACUGCUUCUUUUGCUUCAUCGCGACCUAUUCUCUUUUCCUUUAUUGUAUCGCAACUUCUUCUCUCUUUCCUCCCUCUUCUAAUCUUCCUCACAUUCUCCCUGUCAACCAUCCUAUUCGCCCUUGGCGCAGCAAUCGUCUUUGCUCUUUUCUGGAUUGGCGUUGCCCUUCUUGUUCUUGUGCCAGCACUACUCGUCACUUCAUCCAUCGCCGUCCUCGUCUGGGGCUGGGCCAUUGGCAGCUUCAUCAUCGCACGAUGGCUGUACAACCAUUCACCUGUGGGAGUGCAGAACAAUGAGGCUGUGAAGAAGGAGAACGGCAAUUAGUUUUACGCCUACACCGUCUGCCAGCUUGGUAUUAGAAACGACAACUGGGAUCCUCAUGAUAUGUCUGCAUUUUGGGAUCCGUGCAUGGGUUAUGGAGGAUGUCGGGAUGGACAAUAAAGUAUCGGUUUAGUAUGGAGUCUGUUUGUCUACUGAACAAGGCCUAAUGGUAAUGGAGGCGGGAUACAGCCCGUUCACGAAAAUUGCAGAAGCAUUACGCUGUCAACAUGUAACAUUACACUGAACAUCAAGUCCUAGGGCAUUGCCAACCUAAGCAUUUUAUCCCUAGUACAAAACAUUCCGCUCAAAGUGGCUGUUAAAUCUCUAUUCCUCAUUAAUAACCGAGACCCAUCUAUCUGUCCCA